AUGGACGACUUGAACGAUCAGGUCAUUGACGCUGUCUUCAGUGAUCGUGUAAAAAGGUUCCAAGAGUUUUUAGACCAGAAUUCAGAAAAUGGUAUUAGCCACAGAUCUGCCAUCAAGGACAUGCUCAUGAAAGGCAAAUUCAGAUUGCCAGUUCUGCUUGAUGAGAUUCGUGACUUUGACGCUGAAUUUUGGAGGGGCCUUUUGGAUACCCCUGUUGACUACUUGCCAGCCUGUGAGCGUGCUCUCAGAGAUACUGUGAUGACGAUUUAUGACCCUCAUGACAACCGCUACAGCGAGAUUGAUGAGAACCAACAAUUUUAUAUCUCCCUUAAGGGCGCCUUUGGUGGAAACCAAGUGACCCCUCGAACCAUUUCGUCGAACUUCCUUUCGAAAAUGGUUUCUAUUGAAGGUAUUGUGACAAGAGCCUCUUUAGUGAGACCAAAGGUGAUCAGGUCGGUUCACUAUUCUGAAAAAGCAGCCAGAUUCUUUGCAAAGAGUUACAAAGAUAACACAACAUCUUUUGAUGCAAUUUCCACUCCUGCUGUUUACCCCUUGGAAGACCCCAAUGGAAACGCACUUACUCCAGAGUAUGGUUACUCUACAUACAGAGAUCACCAGAAGAUCUCCGUUCAAGAAAUGCCUGAAUCUGCUCCUGCCGGUCAGUUGCCAAGGUCUGUUGAUAUCAUCCUUGAUGAUGAUUUGGUGGAUACUACGAAGCCGGGUGACAGAGUCCAGAUUGUGGGUAUUUACAGAGCUUUGGGUGGUGGUUCCAACAACUCUUCGUCUUUUAAAACAGUGAUUUUGGCGAAUGCCGUCUACCCACUUCACGCCAGAUCUACAGGAGUUGCUGCUCACGAGAAGCUUACUGAUCAGGAUGUCAGAGAGAUAAACAAGAUGGCUAAGGAGAAGAAUAUCUUUGAUAUCUUGUCCAACUCGCUUGCGCCCUCAAUUUACGGUCUCGAUUACAUUAAAAAGGCAGUUUUGCUUAUGAUGUUCGGUGGUAGCGAGAAGAACUUGGCCAACGGAACACAUUUGAGAGGUGAUAUUAAUAUUCUCAUGGUGGGUGACCCAUCGACCGCCAAGUCCCAGAUGCUUAGAUUUGUGCUCAACACAGCUUCCUUGGCUAUUGCAACCACCGGUCGAGGCUCCUCUGGCGCUGGUUUGACCGCGGCCGUCACCUCAGACAAGGAAACAGGAGAAAGACGUUUGGAGGCAGGUGCCAUGGUUUUGGCUGACAGGGGUGUUGUGUGUAUUGAUGAGUUUGACAAAAUGUCCGACACUGAUCGUGUGGCUAUUCACGAAGUUAUGGAACAACAAACUGUCACCAUAGCAAAGGCUGGUAUUCACACCACCCUUAAUGCUAGAUGCUCUGUUAUAGCUGCUGCUAAUCCUGUCUUUGGCCAGUAUGAUGUUCACAAGGAUCCACAUAAGAACAUAGCCUUGCCUGAUUCUCUUUUGUCUCGUUUCGAUUUGCUUUUCAUUGUUACAGAUGAUGUCAAUCAAGUGAAAGACAAGACUGUGUCCGAACACGUUUUGAGAAUGCAUCGUUUCAUCUCCGCUGGUUUGGCAGAGGGUGAGCCCGUGAGGGAGCGUAGUGUUGUCUCCUUGGCAACUGGAGAAGACCCAGUUGACGACUCCUUCGAAGAGCCCAUCUUUGAAAAGUUUAAUUCCCUUUUACAUGCUGGUGUCGCCAGAAGCGGUGCAAGUGGUCAGACGCCAACGUUGCUAUCCAUUCCAUUUUUGAAGAAAUAUGUGCAAUAUGCUAAACAAAGAAUCAAGCCGAAAUUGACGGAGAGAGCAUCUCUGUACGUUGUGUCUGUCUACAAAGACUUGAGAAACAGUGACACAGAUGUCCACAGAAGAACAGCACCCGUCACCGCAAGAACAUUGGAGACCCUUAUUCGUCUCUCUACCGCCCACGCUAAGUUGCGUUUGUCCAAAUCUGUUGAUAUUAAAGACGCCAAGGUUGCCGAGGAGCUCCUUCGAUACUCGUUGUUUAGAGAUGCUCACAACAAGAAGAAGACUGCCAAGAGAAGAAGAGAAGAGCCCAGGUACGGUGAGCUUGAUGACGAAGACGAUAUCGAUCAGGAACUCAAUGUUGCAGAGGCCGCCAUUCACAGAGCUACUAUAGCUCAAACGGUUCGCCCAGAUUCAGAGGAGCCAACAGAAAACAGAUCGUCAACUCUUCCCGCUGGCGUCGAGGAGAACAUGAGAAAUAUGCACAUCUCAAGGGGUCAAGCGCAGCCCUUGUCUGAAACAACUGGCAGCUCGCAUGAUCACAAUGUUGCCGUCCAUGCCGAAGGUAUAAGUGCAGAAAGAUAUGCUUUGUUCUUACAAGUCAUGUCAAGAAUGAUAAAUUCGACCAUGUUUGACAGCUAUGGUGGCGCCUGUCCUAAGGAAACCAUUAUCGAGGCUAUCAACGAGGACUUGCAGCAGGAGGAAGUCUUCAGUCCUAUUGAAAUUGAAAGUGCAUUCGCCAAGAUGCAAGAUGAGAACAAGAUUAUGCUUAGUGACGACAAAGUGUGGAAGAUUUAG